AUCUGGGCAGGUUGGAGUGGAGACAAUGCAUAAAGAUAGCAAAUAUGUAUUGUUUUUGGAUGAUGAUGUUAGGCUACAUCCUGGAUCAAUUGGAGCACUCACUCGUGAGAUGGAAAAGAACCCCGAGAUAUUUAUUCAAACCGGAUAUCCUCUUGAUCUGCCAUCUGGAAGCCUGGGGAGUUAUUGCAUCUAUGAAUACCAUAUGCCUUGUUCAAUGGGCUUUGCAACUGGUGGAAAAACAUUUUUUCUGUGGGGAGGGUGCAUGAUGAUGCAUGCUGAUGACUUUAGGCAAGAUCGUUAUGGUGUAGUCUCAGGACUUAAAGAUGGUGGAUAUUCUGAUGACAUGACACUUGCAGCCAUAUCAGGUACAUUGUUGGUUCUCUUAUCAAAUGAUUUUUAUAUACCCUUCGUCAUCAUAUAUAACAACUUUAUCUGUAUUGGUCAUUGAAAAUUAUGAUUAAUU